AUGAGGGUACACCCAGUAUUUCAUAUCUCAUUAUUGGAACCAGCACCCAAGAACACCCCAUUCAAGACACAGCUCAAAGCCCAGACCGACCAAAACAUUUAUGACAUCGAGACGAUACUAGACUCAUGCCAGAAUGGACCAGUCUUUGAAUACCUGAUCAAAUGGGAAGGGUACUCACAUGAUGAGAACACAUGGGAACCUAGGAAACACCUGGAGAACUGCGGGGAGAACGUGGAACAGUUCCACCGGCAGAACCCUGAUCGGCCACGCCCAAAACAGAGGGGUCAGCCCAGGAAGAAUCAAGGCCAACAGAAGAUCAGUCAAUGUUCGCAAUAA